UGCCAAAUUCGCUCUCUCUCUCUCUCUCUCUACUUCCUAUCUCUACCUUGCUCUUUGCUGCUCUCAAGUGCUUUUCUUAGCUCUUCGGCCAUCUCUCUCGGCCAGUCCCUCGCCCACCGCUGCUAGGCGCCUUCCCCUGCUGUGCAAUUGCAUUCCCCACCACCGAUGUGCCUUUCCUCAUGGCCUCCACCAGCCAACCCGGAUCCCCAAACGCUGCGCCUGCUGGCGCCGCACCUUCUAGUGCCACGCCUUCUGGCGCCGCGCCUUCUGGUGCCCAAGCCGCUGCCCAAGGUACCUACACUCCUUGCAACACUCCUUUUUUUAUAAUUAUUAUACACUCUUGUGUUUGUGCGCCGCGCUUCGCGAGGAUUGCCGGAAAAAUAACCGCUCACCCCCCUCCCCCCAAACUAUUCUCGUCUCUUGAGUGAUCCCUGCCUUUUCAUUUGGGCGUCUCCUUUUUCAUAUCCUUCCCCCUUGAGCGCCUCUCUUGGCCUCCUCCUCUUCUUCUGACGUAGGCACCGGCGCGCCUUGAGAGUACGGGAUAAGCCAAUGGGGCAACAUGUGGCCUCCCGGGUACAUGCCCUCUUGAUAAUUGGCUUUAAUAUAUUGAAUUCUUGGACUUUAUGUGAUUAUCCCAUGGUACGUUUUAGCCGAUUGGUGUUAUUUUAGGGCUCGCUAACCCGAAAAUGGUUGAAAAACCAUUAUUGCCUAGUGCCAUGAGUUUGAUAUGAUACAGGUGGAGAAAGCACGAAAAGGAGCGAGUGCACAAGCAAUAAAUCGGGCUCGAACUACUGGUGGACUACUCAAUUGAGCUCAAGGCCCAGAGGAAUUGGAUCCAUAUUUCUUCCCCAACAAGUAAUUGGGCCAAAGCCCAAUUGAUGGAGGGCAAUUAAUUCUCUGGGGACGGAAUUAGCUGGGGGGAGACAAGCAGAAUUCUCUCUGGAGGAGAAGUUUUAAAAAUUGGGGGCGAUUCUUUUGGGAGGAGUUUCUCGAGUGGACGGAAUCUUCUUUGGGAAAAACAAAAGCAGCUAGGGGAAAGAAGGGAUUUUGGUGGAGAAUUAAUUGGGAAAGAAGGGAACGUUUGGCGGCGGACGAGAGCAGAGUUUGGUCCGCGAGCAAUAUCGCGUUGCAGCAGGAAGUAGCGCGAUCAUCGCAGCUUGGUGAUCGAUAUUUUUAUUCCGUCUCUUUUCUUAGUGACAUGAUGAUUAUAAACAUGAUUGUGUGUGUUUUUUUCGUCAUGAACUAAACCCCAAUUUCUGGGGGAAACACCAUGGGAGGUAGCUAUUUCUUGAUUUGAUGGAUUGAUUCGUAUUUCUUUUCCUCCAAUCUCUAUUGCAUGAAAUUACUUAAUGCUUUGUGUUGACUGGCCACCAAUACAAUGAAUCGUAGUUAAUUAGGUUAUUAGCGACAGUGAAACCCUAAUAACUGAACCUAUUUCAUGUGACAUAGUAACUUAUCGAAGCGACAGUGGAUUAAAUAAGGUGCUAUGCGGUCUUAAAUAGGAUAUCGGUCUUCAGACUAAAUAAUUAACUCAUUGAGCUACGACAGUAGGAUUUGAAUUAAUUGUUUAGUAUGUAGUAAUUCCCGACAGGGAUAGCUAGCACAUUCGUGAUAUCCUGGCUGUAGAGAGUUGGAUUAAAUUGAUUGGAAUAUGUGAAUUAAUCUGGAUAGGAUAGGUAGUGAAUCUCGGUGUUUCUCCCAGAGCUUUCUCCCAUUGAAUUUCUCCCGACCAUUUUACUUUGCUUAAUUAGUUUAAUUAUUUUGCUAGUAGUUAAUAAUCUCAUUAAACUAUUUUCACUUAUAGUUUGCUCAUAGAAUUGAUAUAUUAUAAGGUUGUACCAGUCCCUGAGAGACGAUACCCGGACUUUCCGGUUUACUACGAGAUAGGAUUAAGGCAUACGCUUUUGCCCUACCAAGUUUUUGGCCCCGUUGCCGGGGACUGCCAUACCUUAUUUUUGUUGAUUUUUGUGAGUGAACUAUUUUGAUCUGGGUGUUAGUGUGCAGGUGAAUUUUUCAGGUUAAUCCUCCUCGUGCAUGCCAAGGAGGACGACUGGCAAUUUACUGCCACUAGAUCCCGAGAUCGAGAGGACCUGUCAACAGAACAGGAAGCAGGUCAAGUUAGGGAAGCAGCCUACCACAUCAACAACUCCUAGGCCUUCCCUAACUCAGAAUCGUCAACCGAGAAGGCAGGUGACACCACCUGUCAUCCCUACACCACCUACACCACCGCCGCGCGUCAUCGAGCCUGUCAUCAUGGCUGAACAGGAUCGUUCGAUCAGGGCUCGUCUGAAUCGGAGGACUGGACCCCGAGCUUCAUGUGUUGUCAUCUCGGCUGGGGAUGCAAACAUGGAGAUUGCCCCAGCCUUCAUCAAUAUGAUCACGAAUGGGUACACCUUCUCAGGGGCCAGCACCGAGGAUCCUCAUGAACAUCUCCGCCGGUUUGCAAACAUUUGUGACACAAUGAAGAGCCCAGCUGUGUCUGAUGAUGCCAUCCGUCUUCGGAUGUUCUCAUUUUCUCUGCUAGGGAAUGCAUCCCACUGGUUCCAGAACUUGACACCCCGUUCCAUCACAACAUGGGGUCAGCUUGAGAAGACCUUUUUGGAUAAGUACUUUCCUCCUGCCAAGGCAAUGAAGAGGCAAGAGGAAAUUGUCACUUUUAAACAAGCUGAGGAUGAAAGUCUGACCGAGGCAUGGGAGCGCUAUAAGGAGCUUCUGAUGAGAUGCCCAAGCCAUGGUCUUGAAGAUUGGAACGUGAUCAUUAUUUUCUUCAAUGGAAUCAGAAGGGAGUUUCGGGAUGCCCUGAAUAAUGCUUCUCGAAAUGGUUUCACAAGCAUGGAGGCACCAGCAGCAUAUGAUUUGGUAGAGAAGAUCUGUUCAGAAGCCACUGAAUGGGGUAGUGAGACCAGUAUUCGAAGGAGAGGAGGCUUGCAUGAGAUAGACAGAGUUGCAAGUUUAGAAGCAAAGAUUGAUGCUAAGCUGGAUUCCAAGUCCGAUGCACUCGAACAAAGGCUGGCCAAGAUUGCUUUGGGUAGACAAGAGGAGGUUUCUUCAUGUGAACUUUGCGAGGGUCCUCAUCAUAGGGAUAUGUGUCCGCUGGGAGCUGCUCAGUUGGAAGAUGUUCAGUAUAUCAAUAAUCCGCGAAGUCAAGGUCAGGGUGGUAUGUAUUCAAAUACAUAUAACCCUCAAUGGAGACAUCACCCAAAUAUGUCAUGGUCAAACAAUAAUCCAGCUGGUGUUCGAAACAUCCCACCUCCUGGUUUUCAACAGCAGCAGCCUCAACCAGAGAAGAAGCCCCAGCUGGAGGAGUUGAUUUUGCCUCAUAUGCAGAAAACAGACAAUAAUUUCAAGGGCCUGGAUCAAUUUGUCACUCAACAACUAGCCAUCAACAAUAAUUUACAAUCUUCUAUGCUAGCUAUGGAGAGGCAGAUGGGACAGAUGGCUCAAACUUUGGCAGAUAUGCAAGGCAGGAUUCCUGGGACAUUACCAGCAAAUACUGAGAGGAAUCCGAAGGAUGCCAUGGUUGUAGCAGUGACAUUGAGGAAUGGAAAGGCCUUGGAAGACCCUAGCAGCUCAAAAAAGGCACCAGAGGCAGAAGAGGAAGCACCGGGAGAAAGAUCUUGUGCAGAAAAUGAAGAAUCAGCCUUGCACAGGCAAAAUGAAAGCAGUUUGCCUGUGCAAAAGCAUGCUGCCCGUGUACCUCAAAAAGUGGAAAAAUUGAAGAACGAAGAGGUAAAGCCUUAUGAACCUCCUGCACCAUUCCCUCAAAGGUUAAUGAAGCCCAUGGAAGAUCCAAACUUCAAGAAAUUUGCGAAUCUCUUCAAGCAACUUAAUAUAAACAUACCAUUGGCGGAGGCACUUGAACAUAUGCCUACAUAUGCUACAUUCUUAAAGGAGUUGCUGACAAAAAAGCGUAAAUGGGCUGAUCUAGAGAAGGUAACCCUUACUUGUGAAUGUAGUGCUGUGAUUCAGAAUAAAUUACCAGAAAAGAGGGAUGAUCCGGGCAGCUUCACCAUUCCAUGUGUCAUUGGAGGUACAGAAUUCAAUAAAUCACUUUGUGAUCUUGGAGCCGGAAUUAAUUUGAUGCCAUACUCAGUCUACAAGAAAUUGGGAUUGGGAGAUGUUCUUAAGCCUACUCGGAUCACUCUCCAAUUGGCUGAUCGAUCAGUAAAAAUUCCAAAAGGAGUGGUAGAGAAUGUAUUGGUGAAGGUGGGGAAGUUUAUUCUCCCAACAGAUUUUGUAAUUCUGGAGAUGGAAGAUGAUCGGGGAGUGCCUCUAAUUCUCGGCAGACCUUUUCUAGAAACCGGUGAUGCACUCAUCGAUGUUAGGAGAGGCAAGUUGACAUUCCGAGUAGGUAAGGAGGAGAAAUUUUUAAUGUCUUUCAAGUUGACCAUAAUCACGAUGCAUUUGAUGACUUUGAAAGUGGAGCUCGAGAAAGGGAAAAUUCUUCUUCCUGUGAUAGUGGACCAUCCGAAACUAUCACCUAUCCUAUCUGCUCAGAUUCUGAAGUCAAAGCAAGGGCAUAAAUCCUUGCCAGGUCACCUCAAGUAUAGAUAUCUGGGUAAGGAUUUCAAUCUUCCUGUUAUUACUCCUUCUUCACUGACAUUGAAACAGGAAGAGUACCUGCUUGAGGCGCUGCAGUACCACCUAUGCCUCACUAAAGGGUCCAACAUGCAAGCUAAGAAGGUCAUACCCAAUUUUCGCACACCUGGCCCUACUGAGGUGACUCAUAUGUUGGAUGGAGGUUAUGCGUUCUAUCAUUGCUCGGGAGGGUAUUCUGGAUACCUUUCCAUACCCAUUGGUUGAAAGCUCCAUAAACGUCAGGCUGAGGACGUUAAACAAGCGCUUCUUGGGAGGCAACCCAAGGUAAGUUUUCUUUUCUUUAUUUUUCUUUUUAGUUGUGUCAAACCCAUGCAUGUUUAGAUUAGGAGUUGAACAUUAGGGACAAUGUUCCAUCCUGAGUGUGGGGUGGCGAGUCUUAGUGUUUGUUUGUCCCUUUUGUCAUGUGGUCGGUAAAAAAAAAAAAUUUGCCAUUAGGUUGAACACAGCCAAACUGCAUGCAGUUUUCCUGUGUAAAAAGCAGUCUGCAUGUGCAAAGCUAAUGGCUAAAAAACACCUAAAAAUCAGAAAAAUUAAAAACAAAACCUUGUACUCUUGUGGUAACAUGAUGUAAAUGACCGUGAUGCUUUGAAAAUGAGUUUGUGCUUGAAUGAAAUCAUCAAAAUCAC